CUUUGCGAAGGGGCAAAGGGAGGAAAAGGAAGCGGGCUGAUCUUAAAGGGGCCGCAGCCAUUUUUUAAAAUCCUCUUUUUCCUUUCUCCAAAUUUAGAAGUAUGAGCGCAGAAGAGUAGGCUCUCGGAAGCUGAGCCCCACUGGAGCAGGAGGGACCACAGCUGGAGGCUGUAGCGCCUCCGGGGCCGGCGGAGACGAGGGUCUGCCCAUAAGAAGGGCUGGGUGUGCGAGCUCUCUGUGCCCCGCGCACAUCAGGGGCUGCUUAUGCCCCCGCCAGCAGUGAGCUUUAGUAUCUGGGACCAGGCAGGGACUGUGGGGUCUUGCGCGCAGUUGGCGCGGCCGGUGUGCCGGGUCGGAGUGUGACGCCGCGCGGCGGGGCCGAGACAGAGCUGGCACUUCCGGAUCCGACCCGGGGCAGUAAGGGCACCGCCGCGAUGCCAAGCGAAAAUAUCUUCCUCUUUGUGCCUAACCUAAUUGGUUAUGCCCGGAUUGUCUUCGCCAUCAUUUCUUUCUACUUCAUGCCCUGCUGCCCUCUCACGGCCUCCUCUUUCUACCUGCUCAGUGGACUUCUGGACGCUUUCGAUGGACAUGCUGCUCGAACCCUUAAUCAAGGGACUCGGUUUGGGGCCAUGCUGGACAUGUUGACAGACCGCUGCUCCACCAUGUGUCUGUUGGUCAACCUGGCGCUGCUGUACCCUCGCGCCACCCUCCUCUUCCAGCUCAGCAUGAGCCUUGAUGUGGCCAGCCACUGGCUGCACCUCCACAGUUCUGUGGUCCGAGGCAGUGAAAGUCACAAGACGAUCGACCUGUCUGGAAAUCCAGUGCUUCGCAUCUACUAUACCUCCAGACCUGCUCUGUUCACCAUGUGUGCUGGAAAUGAGCUCUUCUACUGCCUCCUCUACCUGUUCAGUUUCUCCGAGGGACCUUUAGUUGGCUCUGUGGGUCUUUUCCGAAUGGGACUGUGGAUCACCGCCCCUGUUGCCUUGCUUAAGUCCCUCAUCAGUGUCAUCCACCUGGUCACAGCCGCCCGCAACAUGGCUGCCCUGGAUGCAGCAGAUCGUGCAAAGAAGAAGUGACCCUAGAACUUCCUGCCUCUGGCUACCCACCUGCCCUGGAGUCUCACUGUGCCGCGCGGCUCCCCUUUCCCUCCUAGGAGGUCCAGGCUUGUGUCUUCCUAACAUGUUGUCCAACCCGCUGGGAAGGGUGUCAGCCUCUUUAGUGAUGUCAUGUUCUCCAUAAUCCUGAAGACCAGUUCUACCCGUGGACUCCAAAUCAGGAAGGAUGCUCAGGAGCUCCCACCCAUGUGGGCAGUGCUUCGGGGGGCACCAAGAGGCAUGCCUGAGGACUGGGCAUUUUCAGACCUGCUGGCUUGGCCUUGAGGUCUGGCUCGGCCUGAGACUUGAGGGACACUUGCAUGAGGGAGAUGGGGUAAGGACCAGGCUUCCCAAAAGGCAGGGAAUGAGACCUCUGCCUCUGGCCAGAGGAAGCCAGCGGGUCCUGUGGCUGGGAGACAAGGAGGUAUCUGUAUUCUUCUCCAUUAUAGUGUCCUCUUUCUAAUCUAUCUUAGCUCUGAAAGCCUGAAUAAUAAAGGUAGGGGCUUCACUGUC